UCCGACUUGCGGGGUGUGGUGGAUUUCUCCGCGCCGGGGGCCCAGGUGUUCAGAUCACAGCUCAGUAUUUCUUCAGUCAGUGAUCAAGAUGCCUACAGAGCAGGAUUACAGCCAGUUAGCCAGUGGAAAGCCUAUGGCCUCAAUGGGUAUCCGGGGUUUAUUUUCAUACCAAACCCUUUCCUUCCCGGCUGCCAGCGUCACUGGGUGAAACAGUGUCUCAAGCUAUAUCCCCAGAAACCCAAUGUCUGCAACCUGGACCUGCACAUGGCUCCUGAGAAGACCAUUGACCUGUGGGGACAGAGCAAGGAGCAGCUGAGAAGGAAAGGUUCCAGUAAACGGGAGCCCAGAAGCUUGUUGGAGAAGCUGCGCUGGGUGACCCUUGGUUACCAUUAUAAUUGGGAUACUAAGAAGUACUCAGCAAAUCACCACACUCGUUUCCCCUCAGACCUUGCAUUCCUCUCAGAACAAGUGGCCGCAGCCUGCGGGUUCCGGGGUUUCCAAGCUCAAGCAGGGAUCUUGAACUACUAUCAUUUUGACUCUUCACUGGGAAUUCAUGUAGAUGAGUCUGAACUAGACCAUUCUCGGCCCCUUUUAUCAUUCAGUUUUGGGCAAUCCUCGAUCUUUUUGCUUGGGGGCCUGAAACGGGAGGAUGCCCCAACAGCAAUGUUCAUGCAUAGUGGAGAUAUCAUGGUGAUGUCUGGCUUCAGCCGUCUACUGUACCAUGCUGUGCCCCGGGUCCUCCCCAACCCUGAGGGUACAGCUCUGCCAUCGUGCCUGGACCAAGCACUUCCUUCAGACCUUCCUGUUGGCUCAGUCAUUGAGCACAGCUCUGAUGAGGACUGGCAGGUCUGUGCCAAGUACUUGCAGUCUUCCCGCAUUAAUAUGACUAUUCGGCAGGUGUUGGCUGAGGGUCAGAAAUUUCCAGAGGAAUCUGGGACAAAUGGAGAGGUCCAAGCACUCUCUGAAGACUGUCACCAUCAGGAGAACAGCAGAGCCAAGAGACAUAAACCAAAUAUGGAUAGCUGAGACUGGGAGAUUGUGCUGAAGUGGACUGGACAGGCACCCUCUGUAUGGAAUUGGGAACUCAUGUAAUCAUACUAGAAAUCACCUGUCUGUAUUGGGAUUAAUAAACGUCUGCAGAACAGGUGUUGUCCUCCUUGCUGUAAGAAAUAGGUUGGGGGAGAGAAAGACUUGAAAAGGAAAAGGAGGAGAAGUUCAGGACUGGGACUCAGGAGAUUAAAUCUGUUGCUGUUUUGUUGCAGACCUUUACUGUACUUGGUUCCCUUUAAAAUACCCAUACAUCAUAGAACUUCUAAGUUUGGUUCAGUGAUGCUCAUAAAGUAUUUUUAUGUCAUUGAACAGAAAGUGCUAGCAAAAGAUACAUAAUUGCUAUGUGUUAAAGAAUCCUAUUGGGCUUGUAAAGCUCAGCUGAAGUGCAGUAACAAGUAUGAAGGAGAACAGGCUGCUCUGGGGGUGAGACCUACCUGUGGCAUUUCCAAGAGAAUUGCCUCUACAGCAAACAUCGGUUCAGUGAUCAGAGACUAGCAGCUCCCUCGAGCAAUGCCUGCUGUAAGCUUGCUGUAGUCCUUUGCUCCUCUUCUGCCUUCUUGCACCCCCUCAGCUGCAGCAGAAAAUCCUUGUGGGAGUGGAACUGGGCUUUUUUUGCAUACCUCAGAUUUUAGAGGGAAACAACCGGGGGCAAUAUCUACUCAGAAUAUCUAGUAGCUCCCAGCUGGGCCUCUUCCCAGCAGUAAGUAUGUGACUGAGCUCUACACCUCUGUUCCUUCCAAACUGCCCCCUCUCAAGUGCCUGCAGAUAAUGGUCCUCCCAAGCUAGCAUCUUCAAGGAACAGAAUGACUUGCAAGUAGAAGCACUGAAGUUGUAAAUUAAGUACCUAAAAAAAAAAAAUUAAUCAGUGACUAUCUCUGUCACCCAAAGAUAAAUACUUUGAAACAAAGAAAAGCGCUAGCUUUUGUGCCAGUUCUCCGUAAGGCUCAGACCUUCCUAUUUGCUUUUUAAUGCAAUUUUAAUUGUUGGAGUGGAAUGCACUAUCCCUGGGGUAUUUUGUUGCACUUUUCCACUGAAUAAACUUCCUCGGUUUUUAAAUUAAAGAUCUCUAUCAGUUUGGGGCUGGCUAUUUUCUUUUCUUUUUCUCCCUGUUAGUUAUUUCAGUGUAUUGUUAAUGCUGCUGCAUCCCUUGUGCUGUUCCCUCCAGCCUUCUUUUGGAUCUCCUGCCUCUGCCAUCUGCCAGCUCCAGUAAGGAGCCCUGCACGUGUCUGCAGGGCUCCCUUGCUUAUGGGCAGUUUGGGGUCUGUUGGGUUGUUUUGCCUGCAGGAUCAAAGUCCAAUUUAAUAUGUAUGUGGCAUCUUUUCCUCAUGGGGAAGUGUCUGGUCUGUUUAUUUGAUAGCAGGUGAAGGAGUGUAUGCGUGCAAGUAAUUCCUUAUAUAAUACUGCAAAGGGCUGCAGUAAUUUAAUGUCUAAAAUAAUCAGAUGGGGGUUUUAAUAUCUUAUUCUAUGCCAGAAAUGCAUCCUUUCUGUAUGCUAGGCCUGGUGCAUUUACAACUGAGCCCUGGGAGAGUGAAUACUAUUCUGCAGAGAGCUUACAACAUGACCAGACAGGGAAGUUGACUGAUUAAAGUGCUGGGAAAACAGCAAAGCUGCCUUAGUGGUACCUGAAGGUGGGGAAGGGGAGAGGAAUACUUGUUUUCCUGGCAGUGAGAAGGCAGACUGUGUUCUUCACUCUUGAGAAGGAAGCAAAAAUCUGCCAACUCACUCAGCACUGAAGAUGAGAGAAGACAGAGCUGUGGCACUGGGUGGUUAUGAGCUGGAGCUGGUUUCUUCAAGUCACAGGCUGAGGUUUACAGUCCAUGGUUCUCAUUUCUUAUGUCUGGAGUUCCUCACAAAUAUAAAACAAAUGACAAGCAAUCAUUUAUUCCAGGAUUCAACUGUUCCUGUGAUUCAAGGUCAAGAAACCAUACUGUUUAUCCUCUGCAGUUUGAAACUGUAGUAAAUGCUGCAAACUACUGAUGGCAAUUGGUCAUGGGAAGCAUCCAGUCCACUGAAGCCUUAUGUUUAGUUGUGACUGAGUUGAGAAUUUGCUGACUUACUGGCUUGCAGUUGAGCUUGAUGUUUAAUGCCAGUGUGAGUGAGAGACAGCCCUGAUCUAAUUCUGCAUCAGACACCCAGAAAAUGAGAAGUCCCUGCCCUAGAAAUAGGCAUAUGGGAAAUGACUUGGAGGGAGGGAGAGUCACCUCUGUACAAAGAGAAACAACUCCAAGAGGCGAGAAUUUCCUGAGCUGCCAGCCUAGCGGGAGCAUUGGUUCUGUGAGCACAGAAGAGUGGAGUACAAAUGAGUAAACCGCAGGACUUCUGCGGGCUCUGUAAACCAUGCUUCCAGACCACGAUUUUGAAGAGGCAGCAGCAGCCCCAGGAAGAAGCUGGGGACUAGGGCUGCACCCAGCGAGGCACUUAGCUAAUUGCCCUUCUAGGGCAGAAGGCUUGGGAACCGCUGACCCACUCUGCACAGCUCUCGGCCUGCGACAUUGCACCUCGUUUGUUCAGGUUCAUGAUGGCACAACAGGAUUUUCAUAGCACAGAUCAAAUUUUUAUAUCUAUAGGUACAACAUAUAUUUGUUCAUAUAGGUGCAUGCUGAGAGAAUCUCUCUGGCUUUUGAUUCCUCUAAAGGAGAAGCACUGCCUGAGGGCCACAAGCACAAAAUUGCAUGGAUGGCAUAGGCAGCCAUCUUCUAGGACGUCCUGCUCUG